AUGAAUCCAAACAGUGAAAAACAUUUUACCGCUGACCCUCCCCCGUAUUCAGACAAUUCUACCGGUAUACCGCUCCAGACUAAUGUUGCAACACCUGGUGCUGCUACUGUAGUAGUUGGCUCACCAGUAGUUCAUACAACUACGGGAGUCGUGGUACCGGUGGUAGUAGGAAACCGGAUGGGACCAAAACCUGCUUCACAAACAUGCCCGUCAUGUCGGGCCCAGAUUGUGACUAGAGUGGAGCAUAAAACCACGACGAAAACACACCUCUUCGCUACUUUACUUUGCUUUUUAGCGUGUUGGUGUUGUGUAUGCAUACCUUACUGCACGGACUCUUGCAAAAAUGCCGACCACUACUGCCCCAACUGCGAUGCUUACAUUGGAAGUUACAACCACUAA